CUGUGUCUUUAAACAGGGAAGGGGAGGAGAAAGGAGGCUAGUUCUGAGCUGAGAGAGAGGGACAGGAAAUAAGCAAGGAAGUCCUGCCCGGGGUUACAUUUAGAGAGUGAAACUUCUUGAAUUUCAUCAGCUUGUGGGGAUUUGCCCACUCAUUUUGAGAGGAAGAAAAGCUGAUUAUCAUUCCAACGGAGCCAGUGCUGCAGGCUGCCCUGUGCAUCUGUGGUUGAGCAUCAAGAAGAUUAAGAGGAUCAGCUCUAAUUAGGGACAUCAGAUGUUGUUUGUAGUGGCUUUCUGGUGAAUGUUCAUUUCCUGAUAUCCAGUGAUGGGAAACCAAAGCAGCAGAAUCAGUGACCUGCUUGUACAUGCCCUCAACAACCUUACUCAGGGAGACUUCAUAAGAUUUAAAGACAAACUAUCACACUCUGCCCUUAAGGGGAAAGGUAACAUCCCUCGAGAUUGUCUGGACAAUGCCAACAGGAUAGAUACUAAGAACCUCCUGAUGAAAUUCUAUGGUGGAGAGGCUGCACUAGAUGUAACCAUAGAUGUUUUCACUCAGAUCAAUCUCCGAGAUUCUGCUGCUAAACUCAGAGAAGGAAAAGAGAAAGUUUACAGGAAGAAGUAUAAAGAAGAUGUUAAAAACAAGUAUGAAGUCAUACAAAACAUGACGAGUCUUAUUACUGACAAUGUGAUUCUAAACAGAAGAUAUCCGAAGCUGAUUAUUCUAGACGACCCUCUUCAUGCAAAGGAGAGAGAACAUGAAAUAAUGGCCAUGAGUAGGAGAGACAAAGAAAUCAAGACUAAACAAGCUUGGUCUGUAGUUACGAUAGACACCCUAUUUACACGUGAUAAACAAGGACAAACACCACAAAUUGUUGUGUUGCUGGGAGCUGCAGGAAUUGGGAAAACGAUGACAACCAGAAAGAUCAUGUGUGAUUGGGCAGCUGGAGAACUCUAUAAGAAAAAAUUUGAUUAUGUUUUCUACAUAAACUGCAGAGAAACAAACCUUACUGAGCAAGGAAGUGUGGUUGACAUGAUUUUAAAAAAUUGGCCUAAUACAAAUGCACCAGUUAAUGAGAUUUUGAUGAAGCCAGAAAAACUCUUGUUCAUAAUUGAUGGCUUUGAUGAACUGAGAUUCUCUUUUGAUCAGACAGAAAAUCUGUGCUCUGAUCCCAGGGAGAAGAAGCCAGUGGAAAUCAUACUGAGCAGUUUAUUCAGGAAAAUGAUUCUUCCCCAAUCCUACUUGCUAAUCACCUCAAGACCGACUGCUCUGGAGAAACUCUUGCAGUGUUUGGAAUGUUCACAUUAUGCAGAGAUCCUGGGCUUUUCUGAAGCUGACCGGAAAGAAUAUUUCCACAAGUUCUUUGGAAACAAGAAACAAGCAAGACAAGCGCUACAAUUUGUGAAAGCAAAUGACAUUCUCUUCACUAUGUGCUUUAUUCCCAUCAUGUGUUGGAUCAUCUGCACUGUUGUGAAUCAACAGCUUGAAAAAGGUGAGGAUCUUGCACAAACUUCAAAGUCAGUCACUGGAGUGUACGUGCUCUACAUUUCCAGUUUAGUCAAGCCCCUCAGCAGCAAUUUGAAGCAACACAUGCAAGCUAACCUGAGGGGACUUUGUUCUUUAGCUGCUUAUGGCAUCUGGAAACGGAAGAUACUGUUUGAGGAAGCAGAACUCAAGAAAUUUGGCUUAAAUCAAGCUGACUCUUUCCCCCUGUCUUCGAAUAAGAACAUUUUUCAAAAAGACAUUGACUGUGUGAAUGCCUACAGCUUCAUUCACUUAAGCUUUCAGGAGUUUUUUGCAGCUUUGUUUUAUGUGCUGGAGGAAGAUGAAGAAACAAUGGAAGAUUCAGAGACUCCCAAGAAAGAUGUGAAAACAUUAUUAGAAAACUAUGGAAACUCUAGAAAUUACUUAAUGUUAACAGUGCGAUUCCUGUUUGGUCUCUUAAAUGAAGAAAUAAUGCAAAUCAUGGAGGAAAAAUUUUUCUGUAAAAUUUCACCAAAAAUUAAGCCAGAUUUGCUGAAAUGGGUUCAAACAAACCAACAAAAAUAUUUAUCUUUGUCCAGUGUGCAUCAGGAGACAUGUCGUAUUUAUAACCUUGAGGAGUUUCACUGCAUGUUUGAGAUGUAUGAAGAAAACUUUGUGAAAAGUGCAUUGGAUCAUGUCAUUGCACUAACGUUAGCUUCAAAUAAACUUACCCAAAUGGAUCAAAUGGCUUUUUCAUUCUGUGUAAAAAACUGUCAUCGACUGGAGUCACUUUGCAUAUCUUACUGUACAUUUGCUUUUGGAGACCAUGGGGAAGAUGUGCUUCCAAGACGACAGAAGUGGCUAUAUCAGAUACAGCACUGGGAUGAGCCAAAGCAUUCACCUAUUUAUCUGCUCUGUCAAGUUUUGAAGGAUCCAAACUGUAAAUUAAAGAAACUAGAGUUUGUGAAUUGCUCUCUGACAGCUGCUUGUUGCAGGGAUCUCUCCUCUGUUCUCAAUACCAAACCAACCCUGACAGAAUUCGACCUGUCAGAUAACAUCCUGGGAAACUCAGGAAUUAAACUGUUGUGUGAGGGACUGAAACAUCCAAACUGCAAAGUGCAGACUCUGGGAAUGCACUGUUGCUGCAUUACAGGUGCUGCCUGUGGGGAUCUCGCUGCUGUUCUCAGAACCAACCAGAGCCUAACAGAGCUGAACCUGAAUGGUAGUCCUCUGGGGGAUUCCGGAGUGCAGCGGCUGUGUGAGGGACUGAAACAUCCCAGCUGCAAAUUGCAAAGACUGUGGUUGGAAGGCUGUCAUCUCAAAGACACUUGUGGUAGGGAUCUCGCUGCUGUUCUCAGAACCAAACAGAGCCUGACAGAGCUGGAGAUGUGUCAUAAUUAUGAUCUGAGAGAUACUGCGGUGCAACAGCUGUGUGAGGGACUGAAGCAUCCAAACUGCAAAUUACAGAGAUUGAUUUUGAACCGCUGCAAGCUCACUGAUGCUUGUUGUGGCGCUCUCUCUUCGGUUCUCAGCACCAGCCAGACCCUGACAGAGCUUGUCUUGGGCUAUAACGAAGUGGGAGAUCCAGGAGUGCAGCUGCUGUGUGAGGGACUGAAACAUCCCAACUGCAGACUGCAGAUAUUAGAUUUGUCUGUCUGUAAGCUCACGGCAGCUUGUUGUGGGGAUCUCGCCUCUGCUCUCAGCACCAACCAGACCCUGACAGAGCUAAAUAUAGGGGGCCACUCACUGGGGGCUUCAGGAGUGCAGCGCCUGUGUGAGGGGCUGAAACAUCCAAACUGCAAACUGCAGAAACUAGGGUUGCGGGAUUGUGAACUCACAGGCGCUUGCUGCAGGGAUCUCGCCGCUGUUCUCAGCACCAGCCAGAGCCUGACAGAGCUGAAGCUGAGCGGUAAUUAUCUGGGUGAUGCCGGAGUGCGGCUGCUGUGCAAGGGACUAAACCACCCAAACUGCAAACUGCAGAAACUGGACUUGCGGGAUUGUGAGCUCACAAGUGCUUGCUGCGGGGAUCUUGCUGAUGUUCUCAGAGCCGGCCGGACCCUGACAGAGCUGAAGCUGAAUGGUAAUAAUCUGGGUGAUGCCGGAGUGCGGCUACUGUGCGAGGGACUGAAACACCCGAACUGCAAACUGUGGAGACUGGACUUGAGUUCUUGUUUUCUCACAGAUGCGUGCUGUGGGGAUCUCGCCACUGUUCUCAGAACGAACCAGAGCCUGACAGAGCUGGAUCUAGGUUAUAAUAAUCUGGGAGAUGCCGGUGUGAAGCUGCUGUGUGAGGGACUGAAACAAAACUGCAAAUUACAGAGCCUGAACUUGCGGAAGUCCUCUACAUCGGGAUGCGGUGUCACAGCCGCUGGCUGUGGGGAUCUCGCCGCUUUUCUCAAAACCAGACAGAACCUGACAAAGCUGUACCUGGAUAAUAACGUUUCUCUGGGAGAUUCCGGAGUGCGGCUGCUGUGUGAGGGGCUGACACACCCAAACUGCAAAUUAGCGACUCUGGUGCUUCACUAUUGUGGUCUCACAGCUGCGUGUUGUGAGAAUCUCUCCUCUGUUCUCAGCACCAGCCAGACCCUGACAUUCCUAGGUCUAGGGGCAAACAGUCUGGAGGAUUCAGGAAUGCAGCGGCUGUGUGAGGGGCUGAAACAUCCAAACUGCAAACUACACACACUAGGAGUGGACUUCCACCGUCUAACUCCAGUAAUGCAGGUAGAGCUGUAUGCAGUGAAAAAGAUAAAACAUGAUUUGAUCAUAAAGAUGCAGCCGGAGGACUGAGUGGGAGCCUGUGCACCAACACAGCUCUGGCCUGGCCGCCCUGCCACUAGCUGGAUCAGCAGCCAGGGAAAGGUGAAGACCUGGCUCACUUACUAUAGAUCCCACCAUCCCCAGGGACUCCAGCAUCAUAUUUCAGCAUCAGUGGCAGGGAGCUAAGUAGAGAUUGUCAGGCCCAACCCUCCUGUCUGAGGCAAGAAACUCAGAAGUAGAAGCUGGAUUUGCUCCAUGCUUGGUCUGACCUUAGAUGGUAGAGUUGGUUUGCGGGAUGGAGCAGGAGGAAGGAAGGGGGGCAGUGCAGGGGCGUGACCCAAGAACCAUCCUUGGAGCCAGUGGAUUCUGUUCCAAUAGCUCAGUCAUUAUUUGUUGUAUGUUUCUUCUCCUACCCGCCCCCCUCCCACAAUUUCACACAAUUCCCAGGCCAUUAAGUCAACAUUCUAUGUCCAUCUACAGCAUUUGUUCAUGCCAGAUGGAUGUUUCUAUGUCAUUUUU